UCCAAAUCAAUUAACAAUCACAUUUUUUCUUAGGGUAUGGUUGGACGACACAUCACUUUAUUCUAGUACAAUUGUGGUUGGAGUUAGACCUAAAACAAGGGUAGUUGUAACCUAAAACAAAUUAGGAAUCCAAAUAUUGGCAGGUGCAAUAAUCUCGAAAAUAUUUACCAAAUUGUAACUACUCAUGUCCCCACUAUUUCUCUUUUCUUUUAUAAAAGCCAAAGCCCCCGUCUCCAAACCAUCCCAUUCUUGAUCAAUUAAUCUUCACCAAAUAAAAAUUGAAAAAUGUCGAGGCCCGCCUUGAUCGCGUGUCUCCUCUUGUGUGUCUACACAUGCUCGUCCCACGCCCAAUCAUGCGCCUCCUACAACUUCGCCGCGAAGCAGACAUUCAGCCACUGCGCCGAUCUCCCUUAUCUCAACUCCUUCCUCCACUGGAACUACGACCAAUCUACCAAAACAGUCCAAAUCGGGUACCGCCACGCCGGGGUGGCGGCAUCCAGAUGGGUGGCCUGGGCGAUCAAUCCCACCGCCGGAGGGAUGAUCGGAGCGCAGGCGCUCGUCGCCUUCCAGAAAUCGGACGGUACCAUCAGGGCCUACACGUCGCCGGUGAGUGGCUACCAGACUCGGUUGCAGGAGGGGAAUUUGAGUUUUCCGGUUUCCGACCUCUCCGCCACUUAUGCCGGGAAUGAGUACACCAUCUUUGCCACGCUCAAGCUUGAUAAUGUGAGCUCCGCGGUCAAUCAGGUGUGGCAGGAAGGCCCCCUCUCCGGCGAUUCUCCGGCCACGCAUCCGAUUUCCGGCGCCAAUGUUCAGUCCGCCGGGAACUUGAAUCUUCUCUCCGGACAGACGGGGACAACGUCGGGAGCACUCGACUCCAGGACCAAGAAAAAGAAUAUUCACGGAGUGCUGAAUGCAGUGAGUUGGGGAAUACUACUGCCAAUCGGUGCUAUCACAGCGAGGUACCUGAAAGUGUUCCCGGCGGCGGACCCAACGUGGUUUUACCUUCACGCCCUUUGCCAAAGCUCGGCCUACAUCAUCGGAGUGGCCGGGUGGGCCACGGGGCUCCAGCUGGGGAGCAAGUCUGCCGGAAUCCAAUACACGGCGCACAGGAUCAUCGGCAUAGUCAUCUUCUGCCUUGCAACACUUCAGGUGUCUGCCCUGCUGCUGAGGCCCAAGAAGGAGCACAAAUUGAGAUUCUAUUGGAACAUCUACCACCACUUCAUUGGAUACUCUGUAAUAGUCCUCAGCAUCAUCAAUAUUUUCAAGGGCUUCAGCAUCUUAGAUCCUGAUCAGAAAUGGAGGAGAGCCUACAUCGGGGUCUUGAUCGCUCUCGCUGCUCUCGCUGCCACUCUCGAGAUCUACACAUGGUACGUCGUUUUGAAGAGGAAGAAGUCCAGCAGCCCCAACAAGAUGUCCAAUGGGAACCAUGCUUAUAGUGGAUAUGGUGCACAUGAACAAGAUAGGGUAUGAAGGAAGGACAGAUACUUGCUUUGUAAAGUUUAUUCUAUUUGCCUCUUGUUGGUUUUUGGUACUCAGCUUUUCAUGUUUUUCUGCUCCUUGUCCUUAGUUUUCUAUUUAGGCUUCGUGUUGGAUAGUUAUAUAUGUUUAUUAUUUAUUUGGUCA